UCACGAGGUGACGCGGGCGCCUCAUCUGUUCCCACUGGAAUCCAAAUUAUGCUCGCUGCCCUUUAAAUCUGCAGUGAUUUAUCACCUUUUACUGAACUGAAAAAAUAUCUGCAAACUAACAAAACUUUAACUUUUUUUAACCUCCUGUUUCCACCUGUGAAUCAGGAAAUACCCACUCAGUGGACCCACUUCCUUCUUCUUCUGUUGUCCUCCAUCACACCUCAACUCUCACUUCCUUCAAGCCAGGCAGCCUAUCAGAGCUGCGGCUGCUGUCCCAGGUUGUUUCUUUCGGUUUUUAGUGCAGAGAGCAGAACUGACUUGAUGGAGAAGUUUGGAUCCUUCCAGAAUGUGUCUGUGUCUCAUUAUCUCUGUGAUUCAGUCCCUCAGAGCUGCCUGCUCAUGUCUAACUAACUUUAUAGCUGCAGUGGGCUCCCCGGCCCCUCCUCCUCUCAUGUUUGUCCAAUUGCCAGCAGCUGUUACUCAUUUCACAAAAGGCCCUCCCAUCCAGAGCCGAGGCUGGCAGCGAGGCUCUCAGCGCUCCGUUAGAGGAAGACGUCUCUGCUGUCAGAGAAAGACGAUCUGCUGCCGCUGUCUCAGAAGCAGCUUCAUCCUGCUGCCGGGGGAUCAUGUGGGAUCUUUCUAGUAGAUCUCUCUGGCUGUCCUCUGACUGCUGACAACUUCAAUCAGACACUUCCAGACCUGCCUAGCAGCAACAGGCGCACGAGUGUGGUCUGAAGAUAACGUUUCUGGUUUCCUGCUGUCGCCUGGGAGCUGCGGCUGACGUCAGGACGCUCGGUUUGAGUCCAGCCCCUCGGGGGGUCACACAGGAUCCUUUUCUGUGUUUGUCAGAGGAGCGACAGCAGCAGUCGGGAGACAAACGAAAGAACAAGAAAACUUCCCUCGCUCCGCUUUUGUGUACAUGAGCAAAAAGGUUUCAUUAAAAAGGGAUUAUAUGUUGCUGAGAGAUAUAAAGUUUCCCCUCUAAAGUGUCUGCCCUCGUUUUAACUCUCCGUGUUUUAUCUCCUCUUCGUAUAGCUGCAUUGAACGAAGACGGGAUCGUUUUUUUUUUUUUUUGUGGGAUCAUUUAAACCUCGCCUCACACCUGCUGGCCUGAACCGGGAGUCCCUCCUGAACUCGGCUGCGUCGCCCUCCGCCUUCCGCCUCCUCAUGCCCCUGCAGGCGGAGUGCAGCGCCCGGCCAGCGAGCGCAGCCUGUUGCCUGAAGAAACCUGCGUCCUGAGCGGGAGGGAUGGCCCUGAAGAGGCGGCUGCUGUGGGUGGUGGGGAGCGUCGUCUGCCUCCUGGUCAUAUACAUGCUGUGCUUGAACACGCAGUGGCCUCCGUCGUCAUACCUGCUCAACUUCAAGACCUGGCCGGAGAGGACUGUCAGCAACUCUAAGGAAGCUCUGCUCGGAUGGAGCGACCUCGUCCAGGACGACCCGACCACCACCACCUUUCUUGACCUGCAGACUGCAAAACCAGCACAAGACCAAAUUGAGAACGACUCCCUGUCCGGGUCCGAAGGCGUAGACAAAGUCAAAAAAACCACGAGGGCCCCUCUGGCCAAGCCUGCCAGAGCACUGGGCCCCACAGAACCCUCUUACAUCGGGGACUUUUACAUGAGUGAAAACAUCCCUCCACAAACGAACUGCCCAGAUGGCAUCCGAAGUCGGAUAAAGGAGUCCGAGUUUGGGCAGCUGUUCCUGGAGCACAUUCCCGUCCUGCAGUGGGCCCAACAUGCGACUCGGGAGCAGCACCAGCGUCUGAAACGGUACCCAGGAACGCACGGCUGGGAAGGCGUCGACUACGACACUCUGAUGGAUACUCUGACUGUGCUAAACUCCUCCGCUAACUGGAGGAUGUUGGAUGACUGGGAAAGUCGCAAGAAUAAAUCGGCGUGCAGCCGCUGUGCCGUGGUGGGAAACGGAGGGAUCCUGAAGGGCUCGAAAAAAGGGAAGGAGAUUGACGGCCAUCAUUACGUCUUCAGGACCAACGGGGCGGUCAUCAAAGGCUUCGAGGAAGACGUGGGCUCCCGGACCACCCACUACACCUUCUCCACCAACACGCUGAUGAACUCCAUGAGGAGCUACAGCGGCGUCGGGUACAACGGACCGCCCGUGUCCGCGGAGACGCGCUACAUUUUCCUGCCCGAUCACGACCGGGAUUACCUGCUGAUGAAGGCGGCGUCCUCGCACACGCUGGUGCUGAGGGGACCCGAGCGAAACAAAGACCCAACAAGAUACUUUGGAAAGGAUGUCUCGGCAGCAAAGCUGAAGAUGUACCACCCAGAUUUCAUCCGUUACCUCAGAAACAGAUUCCUUCGGUCGAACAUCCUGAAUGGUCGAUAUAGGAGCAUCUACCGUCCGUCGACUGGAGCUGCAAUGCUGCUGGCCGCGCUGCACACCUGCGACCAGGUGAGCGCCUACGGCUUCAUGACGCCAGACUACAGCAAAUACUCGGACCACUACUACGACAAAUCCUAUCACAAGGUGGGCUUCUUCGCCAACCACGACAUGCGUAUGGAGAUGAAGGUGUGGCAGAGGCUGCACAAGGCCGGACUCAUCACGCUUUACAUGCACAAUGAAACGAACCUCAACUGAUGUCGCCCUUCCUGCGACGUGACGCGAGUUUUCCUGUCAGUGAAGAACUGUAAAUGUUUGUUCAAAAAACUGUUUGGGUUGCUCCUGGGAAAGAUGAAGACUUAAACUAUUUCUCUAGAAGGAUUAAUUUAUCUUGGGAUGCACGAGUUGAGCAUCUGUGGCUCCCCAAAGAUAUGUUUCUUUUUUCCUCAAUAAUCACAAUCAAGUUGAAUCGUAAUUUAUGAAAACGGUGACAGUGUUCCUAUACAAACAAGACCAUAAUUAAGGAUUUCUGAGCCUUAAAGAAAAUCCACUGGAGUAGCAGAAGUUAGUUCUUUGAAAUGUGCUGCUUAUUGCUGACCUCAAGAUUCACCAUCCUGUUUUGUGCUUAAAUUAUUGACCGUUCUAGUAAUGAAUGCAUCGGUUCGUAUUACAUGCUGUCGCAAACAUAAAAUUUCUAGGUGAAAAUACGUUUUUAGUUUGGAUAUUCUGACUCCACAGAUUGCGAUCUGUGGUUUUUGAGAGGCUUGGACCUUGUAAAGCAGUUCAGCUUUAGCCUUCCUGCCAACUUUCAAUCAUUUCCAUUAGGAGCAAUGUUGAAGUUGGAGUGUGUGUAAGAGCGCCUGUUUCCUAACAGAGAUGAACUGACUUGGUGUUUACAUUUUACAAAUACAAAAUCAUGUUAACUAACUGCUGUACUCUGUUCAGCCUUCUUGUUACCCUCCUAAGGUUUUUCUCUCUCCUGCAUCCUGAAUGAACUGCAGCUUGACAAGUCUUGACAUGUUGAAAAUUAUUUUUAAAAUGGGUGAUUUCUCUCGCGCCAUUUAAAUGCCUCACUGAUGCUGAAAAUGACCAACUUUAAGUCGUCUUCACUCUGUUUACAGCCUCAACAUCCUUUGUUGUUGUUGUUGUUGCUAGGGAACCAGGCAGUUCUUGGUAUACAAAUAUCCCUGAUUGCAAAAACGAUUAUCUUGAGUUUCCAGCCCAAAAUUGUAAGUCACAUCACCGUGUGGUGUCUCCUAAUUAUAGUGUUUGUGAGCAUAAAGACAGCCUGAGAUGUUGCGUUUUAUUGCUAACAAUAGCUUCGGUCAGCGAUUAUAUCCCUGGUCCUCAAGGCACACUGCCCUGCAUGUUUUGGAUGUUUAAUACUUUUGAAUCAGAUGUUCUGCGAUCAGCCUUCCAUUCAAAUCAGGUAUCCUGAAGCAGAAUAAUGUCUAAAACAUGCAGGACGCUCUGCCUUUCUGGCCAGGGUUGCAGAAAAGCUAGCAAAGCUAACAUCUGGGCUAACAGGUGCCUCUAAAUGAUUUAUUUGUGUAUAAAAGUUACAGUAUGAAAUUUGUUAACGUUGUGCUAUCACUCUGAAGUUUGAAUCUUCUGAGCUCUGACCAUCAACACGGUAAUAGAAAGAUGUGCUAGCAUGCUAACAUUUGCAAGUGGCUCAGAUCGAUCCGUUUUAAUGCAUUAAGCUGUUCAGCUUCAGGUUUUGUCAACAGCCACUGAGCCACACUAAACAGUCUGGAAUCAUUUUCUACAUGAGGUCAUGGUACAAAGGGCUAAAGAUAAAAGCAUGAAUAAAACUGGUGUCUAGAUAUGUAUAAAUAUGCAAUCAUAAUUGUUUUGGUGACCAAUCUGCUGAUAAACGCACUAUUUAAAAGCGGCGUGCAUAAAGGGUCACUAAGAAAACCUAAGAUUUGUUUCCAGGAUGUCUAAACUCCGUUUCUGGUUAAAGUAUUGGUCAAGUAUGAAAUUGAUUGUACUUCCUGAAGUGAUAAGUAAAUUUCCCUGAAAUAAAACUGUAAUGUGCUGAGGAGUAGAUGCAGUUCCUUGAUGAGUUUUUUUGUUUUUGUUUUCUAGAACCUAAGGUACAGUAUCUUUUUUUUUUUUUCUCCCUACGGCAACAAGGACUGUAAACUUUCACCAAAGAUCUAUCCCACAGUUUCCUUUUUCAGAGCCAUAGAUCUCAGCAAACGUGUUGCCUGAAGGACUUUAGAACGUCACAAAAUGUGUCUGCCAUAAAGUUUAAUGUGAGACGCUGUUAAGAAUCCAGCUCUGUUUACCACUUUAAUGGCUCCCACCUGUGGCCAAAGUUUAUUCUGACUCGCCCUCCGUCACUCCUUUUACUGUGGAUUGCCUCCAACUGUGACUUUAAAGCUUAUUCUGAUUAUUGUGUAAAUAUGAAAGGAUUUAUAUAUUUAACUUUAAUUGUAAUGGUUUUUUUUUUUUUAAAAACCGUUACCACUUUGUGAUUUUAAACACUUUGUGACCAUUUGUGCCUUUAAUGGAAAGCAGCAUUUUGUUUUCUUGAGAAUUUUUUUUUUGUGGGGGGUGUUUCUGCAGAGACAGGAAACACAGAGCUGUUUAAGACUUGUAUUUUUUUUGUUUUUGGAAGGUGGCAGGUAACAGGAUUGGUUUGUUCACACUCCCCUCUGACAAACGGUGUUGUCAUCCUGAACGACAAACUGAGUUGCUUUUUUUUUUCCUACAGUCUUGAGACUGGUGUUAUGUGUUAUGUUUGUUUAUUUUUUUCUCAACUGGAAGAAAAGGGAAGGGCAAAUCAGGGAGCUUUUUGUAUUAUCUUCAUUCAAGUAAAGGGGUUUGAUUCUCUAAACCCGUCUAUUUUUCUAGACUGUAGCCACGCAAAGGGACUUUUACAGUGCAAUUUCUGUUUUUUUGACCCAAUAAAACUGUGCAAAUGUAAAACCAG